CCACGUCCGCGUUAGUGGCGGGGCGGCUUAUAUUAACGUCCCGAGUCCCAACCGUUGCUCCUGUCCCCUAGCCAAGGCCGACGUGCUCACUUUAACAGAAUGGAGUACGGGCAGACUUUUUUUCGAGCAAUGGACGCUUGCAACCGGCCCAGCACCUCCCUAGACGCGCUUGACGACCAAAGAAGAAAUAAGCAGGAAGAAAAACACCCUGCUCGUGAUCGCACGUGUGCUUGUGCGCUUCAGAAUGGUCUCUACUUGUGUGGCCGUCGAGGCUUCGUUGUGCGCACUUUGUCCCAUCCUCUCCCCCUGACCUGCUGCAAUCGAGUGGCAAACUUUUAUUUUUCACGUAGCAACGGCACGACUGCGCCGGGUAACCAAUCCGUUCAGCCUAUCUCGUGCAGUUCUCCCUGGCGACGUCCUUGUCCGCAGACACAGGAGAGACCCUUGAACAGCAUGGAAUGUCAUCACGCUACCUGCGAUUCAGCCUCGCUCGCAGAUUGGCUGCUCUGCUGCAGAAAGCAUGUGUGCGUGUCAAAUCCUUGCUCAGGGCGGGCAAAUCUAGCAAAGUGAAGACGAGUUAAGACCAAACCGCAUGCUACUUCUUAGAAGCUUGUCGCCCAAGUUUGUCUGACUUCAAGAAGCGACUGAGGUUGGUAGAAAAUGCGUCGCUAUUCCUCCCAAUGUCAUUUUCGGACAUACUUGCGGCCUUUUGCAAAAAGCCAUCAUUCGACAGGGGGAAAAAAGGAAAACGAAAAAGAAUGAAAAUUGAACAGCACAUGGCUUCUUGCUACGAAUUUAAACUUUUUUGUCCUGUCGUAUGAUUUCUUUAUUUUAGCACCGCAGCUAACCGGUCACCUAUUCGAGACGCUCGUAUUGGUCGAUGAAGCUGCUGGCUUAAGGUCAUCCCUCGGCCACCCUUUCCACGCUGGACACCCGUCUCUCUUUGUUGAUCGUAUCAAGAACAAGCAAUCCAGAAAAGUCAACGUCAAAUAGGUUACUCAGACCUUCUACUUCUUAGGCUUGAGAUAUAUGAGCAUUUAAGCAUGGUCCGCCGCUUCUUGAGCUUGCCAGCGGAGCUGCGUCAUAAGGUUUAUUGCAACCUGCUGAAGGAUAAAGAUCAGCUGUAUGUGAAAGCGAACAGGGUGCACAUCUGGCCAAAUCACGAGCAUCCUCACUUGUCCGCUCAGUUCCUCCGUACGUGCAAGACGAUUCAUUCCGAGGCGCUUGCGGUGCUCUAUGGAUCCGUCAUCUUCUCGGCGGAGUUGGCUGCGGACCUCACGAGGUUUUUCGUCUCCAUCGGUGCAAAUGGGCGCAGGCACAUCAAGCGGCUGUGCAUAGGUCCCCAGCCUCUACCAGAAAAGCUCUCUUCUUUCGAGCUCCCGUCGCUGGGCGUCCAGCGGCUCGCGCCCGACGCAGUCUGGUCGGAUCUGGAGUCUCUCGAGGAAGUCACGGUGGCGUACACGCUGUGGAGGACAUCACCGCCCGCCCUUCAGACGGCCAUCAACUUCGUACAAAGGAUGGCCAAAAGCACGCCGCGGUUAGGCCACUUCUUUUACGACUACAUGGCGCUGGCGCGACGGCCGGAAGUAAAGUGGUACAUGGUGCUCAAGUUGCGUCAGGAGUCCUGGUAUCCCCAAAUAGGCUAUGCCCUCUUGGAGGAGAUUGUAAUCUGGGUAUCGGUGAACAUCCUAGAUUCUGAAACAGAUGGUGAGAUACGGCGCGUAUGGUUCCUCAAGGGCCGACACGAGGAUGCCAUCGUGCCUUUUUCCCGCCACUUGUGAGCGAAGAGUCGGCGUCUCGAGAGCCUGUGCGCUAAUUUUCAACAGGACGAGAAAGUGCGAUGUCGAAUGGCACGAGCUCGAACCCAUCCAGUUGUAAAUCUUCUUCCUGAAUGGACCAGCUAUAUCCUGUGCGAGACCACAAUGUGUAUCGUGCUAAUGUGCUGAAUCCUCUGAGCGUCAUUCGUCAUCACUCGGUUCACGGACUAGUGACCGCAGAACAUCUCAUCCAAUAUGCGCCGAUGCGAUGUGACAAUACGAACAUAACUAAGAUAGAUGUAAGAAGGGAAAAUUGUCAUCAUCUGUUGCAACCGAAUUCGCUCGUCUAAGACGUUUGAUGCCCUCGUCCCUCACUCACAGAAUGCGAUAUGUGUUUUGUUUGUGACGCCGACUUUCAAGUUUGACUCUUGUCUUUGAAUCACCUUGACAGGCUCGCAUUUAUCCGAAUCUCAGUGACCGGUAUUGAAUGUCUUUCAGCGGUAUAUUCUAUGCCAUCUUACCUUUGCAAAAACCUUUUCCGUAGAAUUUUGAGGGCCACAACUACGCAGUAGCUAGCUUCGGUGUGAAUGGAAUCGAGACACAACGACACUAAGCGUGGAAAGGCCCAGGUUCGAGUGUGGAAGCUGCUCAACAUAUCUUUCGUGAUAUUCAACCAUCACGAGCAACCUCUUACAGCAAGCGAAACCUUGUGUCGACUUCGAGCUUUUGAACAUCUUGAAUACGUUAAGGGUUAGACCAAAAUGAGAUACAUUGUCGGAGAACUCCAUGGCCUAAUGGGGCCAUUGUCACUCCGUGCAUCGAUCAGGACGGCCAACUGAUAACUGUUGGCCAAUGAACCCCCACGAAACACGGCCUUUGAAUCAAGAAUCUUA